CAUCCCUUUGUGCGGGGGAAUGUUUGACCGAAGUCUGUACUUGGAGGGCAUCAGGAGGAGGAUGACCACCAGGGAGCUGAAGAGGAAGGAGGCCAUGAAAAGCCAAAGCAGCAGCACCGUCUGCAGCAUCUCCUGAACGCUUAAAUGAACUCUCCAGGAUGGGCCGGAUCAAACCAGCACCACAGGCGGGGACCAAGGACCAUAAAGGAAACCGAGGCUGUCUUAAAGCGUACUUGAGGACGAGAACCUUAAAGCAGCAGAGCCUUUAUUUAUUUAUCCAGCCUUUUCUACUCAAACACGACUUGGACCAUUAACCGUCCUGUACUGACUGAUUUACAAACUGCAAACAUUUCUGUAAGCUUUUUACAAGCAUCAUGACCCAUAAUGUUACCUUUUAAUGCCUUGUGAUUUAUAGUACACUAAACCUAAUGGAGGUGAACAUUUAGGUGUUUAAACUUACUUGAAUUUUAAUGUUUCGUUGGGGGGAUAGGAGCCGUUACAUUAUUGAUGAGGUCACAAAUGAGGGUACGACUUGUUUCAGGGAGAUCUGAUGUAUUUAAUGCUUUUUUUCCCCCUCUAGGAAUGCACUACCUAUACAGAAAAAUACAUUCUGAUUAGAAAUACUGCGGUUUUUACACCAAGUGUUCCUCUGCAGCAAACUAACUCGCCUUACUUCCUAUGUAAAACUAUAAAUGUACUGUAUGUAGCACUUGUUCGCAUUCUAAGCUUAAAAAGCUUUAUACUUCCUUUCAGAAGUGCCUGAGGGGCUUGUUUUUAUACCAGCAAAACCUCAUAACUGUAACUAAUGUAACAUCCUGUAAUAAAUGUUUUAAAGCCUA